CUCUGUCUCUCAACAACACUCAUCUCUCUAACUGAGGGUAAGUAGGAGUACUAAAUUCCAAAAAGUGACAGCAACAUCUUCAACCCUUCUGCCUGUGGCGCCAUCUGUUCACCAAACCUUCUUUCAAAACUUUCUCCUAAAUCGUCCAAACCCAGUCCUCUCUCUGCCCCCUUCUUUCUCUCUCUUUAGAUUACCGUAAAUCAUUCACUCCCUCCUCGCUACUAGUAUUUACUUACUAGUACUAUAUCUAUACUAGCACGUAUUCAAUUGUACCUGCCUGCUGUAGUUUUUUUUUUUUUUUUGUCUUUUUCCUUCUCCAAAAAAAGAAAAAAAGAAAAGCAUAUAUAUAGUUUUCUCUUCAAGAAACAGUGGUAUGGACUUGGAAGAAAAAGAGAGCACUGAAUCCGGGUCACCCGGGAAAACUGAGUCAUCCCCGCCGGUGAGCGGUGGUGGCGAAGGGAUGGUGUUGCCAGUGGUGAUGAACAUGGCCGUGACCAUGAGCAUGGAGAACAGCCUUGGUGUGAGUGCAGCCACCAUGGAAGGAGGAGGAGGAGGAGGAGGUAGUGCUGAACCUGGUGGUGGGGUGGUGGUGGGGAGUGGUGGUGUGAGUAGCAGGAGUGGUGAUCUGGGGUUGCUCAGUGGGUCCAGGGGUAAAAAGAAAAGAGGAAGGCCAAGGAAGUAUGACUCAGAAGGAAACUUGCGACUUCCAUAUAUGGCUACGCCUACAAACCCACCUGGCUUUACUUUGACAUCACCAACUUCUCCUCCUCAUUUUUCCUCUUCUUCAUCGAAAAGGGGCCGUGGUAGGCCUCCUGGUUCUGGCAACUGGCAACUUCUUGCUUCUUUGGGUGAACUCUUUGCAAGCACAGCAGGUGGGGAUUUUACACCUCAUGUGGUGAAUGUCUAUACAGGAGAGGAUGUUGCAGGAAAGAUCCUUUCAUUUGCACAAAAGGGACCCCGGGGUUUAUGCGUUCUUUCUGCAAAUGGGACUGUUUCCAAUGUUACAAUUCGCCAGCCUGGUUCUUCUGGGGGUAUCUUGACAUACGAGGGCCGCUUUGAGAUUUUGACGUUAACCGGAUCAUUCACAAUUUCAGAAAAUGGAGGCAUCAAAAGCCGAUCAGGUGGAUUAAGUGUUUCACUAGCUGGUCCUGAUGGGCGCGUGAUUGGUGGUGGAGUCGCUGGUUUGCUUUUGGCUGCCAGCCCAACCCAAAUUGUGGUUGGAAGCUUCAUGCCUAAUGGUUAUAAAACGCAUAGAAGGAAGCACAAUUCUGAACCCAGAACAGCAACUGCUGUGCAUGGUGCUUUGGAUGCUGUAAUGUCAGCUAAACCAGUAUCUCAAGCACCACCGGAGAGCAACAUUUUGCAUGCCCCAACAUUUAACUUGUCAGUAGAAACUAAUGGGGAACUGGAGAACAGCACAAGCAAUGCGGAUAAUCCAAAUUCGACCUCCACUGACAAUGCUGAUUGGAAUGUUUCAGAUCCCACACCAGAUCAGAGGUCAACUCCUGAUAUAAAUGUGUCUGUGACAUUUGAGCACCAAUGAAGGUGGCGUUGAUUGCUUCUGGCGUGAGAGUUUGACUGCAUCUUGAAUGCGCUGAUUGUAAUUUGAGGAUUGUAGGUUCAUCGUGGAGAGGCAUAGAGGCUGACAGGGUAGUUAAAAGAAGCUAAUUUUACCCUUUUUAUCUUGUAUUUUCGUAAGGUACAUGCAACUCUAGAACAUUACAUUAGGCUGCCGGUUAUUUUAUUUUUCCAUAUUUUUACAUACUGGAUUUGAUGAUGGGGCUUAUAAAAUGUCUGAUUUAUGUCCGUA